UUACAAUGGGAUCCAAUAUACAGCUCAUAUGAUAGAAAGGCGGCUGUUUCGAUUAAAUCAGGAUGCAUUGAUGUGUCACUGGUUUACGCCAUGACCAAGAAUUUCUGUUAAGGAUGACAGACUGCCAGUCCAGUCAACUAUACAGCAACAUGGAAUCGUCCUCCUGUUUGACUUUUGCCGCUAUGGUGAAUGCAGUAGUAACUUUGUGGGUUUGCAUCGGGAGACAAUGGUCCUUCUCAUUUCUGGCAAACGCAAUGUUUUUCCCAACCAUCCUGUCCGUCUUCUUCGUAGACAGUAUCUCAGGCUUUUUUGUGGAGAUCCUUGGACUUAAUCAAAUUGUCUGGUCCUUGGUAUAUUCAGUCUUAUCUGUUGGAAUUGUCUAUGCGGCAGUUUGGGCAUGUGUGGGACUGGAUCUGAUGAUGGGAUGGGGGAAAUGGAUUGAGAAACCAACUGGCAAUGGAAUACAUGACCACAACAGUAUCCAGUGGCGGGGUUUUCUUCGAGCUGCCGGCGAGGAGAUUGGUUGGCGAUGCUAUCUCUUACCCUGUUUGAUGAACAGUAUGUCUCCUUUCAUGGCCCUGUGUGUAAGCGGUAUUGCCUGGGGAUUGUUUCAUGUGGCAGUCAUGGUUGUCUUAGUGAGAAGGCUUCACCCACCCAGACCUGUACUAACUGUGGCCGUCCAGUGUUUGUGUGUUACCAUAUUCGCAUUCCCUCACGGAUGGGUGGCGAUAAAAGCCGGAUACGCCGUCUGGCCGAGCACAGUUAUGCACUGUGUGUGGAACCGUGUAAAUCCGCGAGUACUCGGGAGCAUCUAUACUCAUCAACCGGGUUUGAUUGCUGGCAAUCAGUGGCUGAUAAACGGAGAAGGACUUGCAGGGUGCGUCGUUAUGCUACCCGUGUGCGUUUUGAUUGUAUGGAAUUUGUCAUACUGACGGCAGGAAGACAGUAUUUCCUAGCAGACAAAAUAUAGCAUAUGUAUGUCAAAUACUAUUAACGCAUUAAGGUGCGUGUACAG